AUGCCACGUGGUCGAAGGCGGGAACCGAUGCGUCGGAGGGCUCUUCGUAACAGAGAUGCCCAACGUAAUGAAGGGCAAGACAAUGGCAACCAGCAGGAACAGGCAGGAGAGAGGGUGUUACGACCGAGACAGGCUCAGAGAGGCGUAGCUGAGCAGAUUGAUGACCGGCAUGACGGCGACCCCGCAGCAGACCGAGGGGGAGGUCAGAAACGUGGUGCAGACGCCCUGGAAGAGAACGUGGUAGACGAUAGAGUCCAACAAUCUUGUGCCGGAGGAGACAAAACGACCGAGUCUUGUACCCAUGCUUUAAAGAUAGUUCAAGAUACCAUGUCUGAGUUGGGUGUUCCCUUGGCAAUUGAAAAGACUGAAGGUCCAACGGAAGUUUUGGUGUUUUUAGGCCUAGAGUUAGAUUCGAACCAGAUGGUUGUAAGAAUUCCUAUUACGAAAAUACUGGAGGUAGUUCAGAAAAUUAAGGACAUUUUAGCGCAGCCUAAAUCAACUUUAAAGAAAGUACAGUCUUUGAUUGGUUCUUUGAAUUUCUGCUGUCGAGCCAUUAUAGCUGGUCGACCAUUUAUUCGCCGCCUGAUAAACUCAAUUUGUGGUCUGACAAAACCAUAUCAUCAUGUAAGAAUUAAGGCAGAGAUUCGUCUCGACUUAGCAAUGUGGUUACUAUUUUUACAGAAUCAUAAUGGCAUUUCAGUUUUUCACGACAGAUUUUGGGUUUCAAAUGAAGAUGUACAGUUAUUUUCUGAUAGCGCCGGGGGCACAAAUUUAGGUUUUGGUAUUUAUUUCCAACGUCAUUGGUGCCAAGCGAAAUGGCCCGAUUCAUGGCAUAAGCGUGGUUUUACGGCAGACAUUACACUGCUGGAAUUGUUUCCAAUUUUAGUAGCAGUAUUCAUUUGGGGAUCAGAGUUAGUUAACAAAAAAAUAAGGUUCAACUGCGACAAUAUGGCAGUUGUAAGUAUUUUGAAUAAGUUGUCAUCGAAAUCUGAAUCAGUCAUGCGUCUCGUUAGGCUCUUAACUCUUCACUGUAUGAAGCUGAAUAUCCUUAUUAAGGCUGAACAUGUUCCAGGUCGCCACAAUGACAUUUGUGACGCAUUAUCUCGAUUUCAGUCAGCCAGAUUCAGAGAACUAGCUCCAGAUGCAGAUCCACAAUCUCAACAGGUCCCGGAAUUUCUGUGGAGCGUCUUCGAUCUAGAGCUCGAAGUCUGUUACAGUCCGGAAUAG